AUGUCUUGCCAGAGGUUGGGGCGACCAAGACCGACGAGGACGACCUUCAAGCACGCACCCAUCACCAAGAUCAAGAACGACAAGGGUGAGGUCGUGUCGUACGCGAUCGCCGAGCGCACAGCACGAUCCUGGCUUCACAAGCUGGGAUGCGAGUACCGCGACACGAAGUCGGGUCUGUACUUCGACGGGCAUGACCGCGAGGACGACGUACUAGAGUUCCGGGUGGAGACGUAUCUACCCGCCUACUUCGAGCACCGCGACUACACGGAGAUCUGGAUCGACGCCAGCUUGGAGAAGGCGCGAUCCUGGGAGGUGGAGACGCAGCCAAGGGACAGGAAGGAGGACGGGCGUGUUUGGGGCAUGAUGAUAUCCGGCACCAUCGUGGGCGACGUCGGAUUCGUCGAGGGGACUCAAGCGGACAUCAACAAGGCCCAAGAGCUGCGGCGUGAGCGCUGCCGCAUUUCGAGGGAGAAGAAGCACGCAGCCGGUGAUCCGACCAGGCCGGAAAAGUACCGCGACAUCGAAAUUCUCUACUUCGAGGGAGAGGGCGACGACCGCAAGUUUUCGACGUACCAGAAGUUCGAGUAUGGCAAGAACAAGGCGGGGAUGAACGCAGGGUACGGGGGGGCGAGGAAGGGGCAGGAGAUGGCUCCUCAGGAUGCGACCACCAUACUCGAAGACACGCCCAAACUCAAGAAAGGUGCGGCACAGUUCCUCACGUUUCAGGCCGGGGAGUACCCAUUCCAUGAGCCGGGCGCCACAGAUCAGGUAGGGAAGAUCAAGGGGCUCAAGCAAGUCUUGUUUGAGCGGGGGCUUUGGAUCCCAGGUAUGAGCAUGACAGGGGCCAAGAAGGGCCAGAAGGCUAUCCUCAAGACGAGCAUGCCGGCGGUGUUGCGCGGGCAAAAGGAUUUCGCGAAGGUCGACUCUAGCCUAGAGGUUCUGUUGAAGCGCCAUGGAGGGGUUGCGCUCAUGCUUCCCAAGUUCCACUUCGAGUUGAACCAGAUCGAGCUUGUGUGGCGUAGGAAGGUGGCCAACUUCCACACGGUGUACAACGCAGGGCUCGAGGGCGCCGAGGCAGUACAGGAGCACAAGAAAUUCAUGUCGCACCGCAAGCCGGCCCCGUCCGAGUACAUUAAACCCAAGUGAAUGUAUACUAAGCGCCGGUUGUAAACUAUGGGGUGCUAGAGGGUGGCAUCGGUUUGUGCUCUUGUCGGUGUGGUGUUUCCCCAGCGGGGAUUUUUCUUUUUUUGCUUCCCUGAUCGGCUGUGUUGUCCGAACGAUAUCUUCAGUGCUGUAA